CCGGGUCGUGGUAAACAACUUCAUUCUCUUCAGUGAGUGAGAGAGUCAGAAUGUAAAGCUAAAGACAGGGAUGACGAGAUCUUUGUCCGGUGCAAUUUGAUAACGGCCGUCAAAUGGGUUUUAAAUUGGACCUUUAAAUGAAGAAUCAAGGGCCCUGCUAUUACUUAAAAUCGUCAGGGGAUUCCAGGGGGACCAUGUCAACUCUGCCGUGUCAUCGACCCAAUACCAUUUUCUUUCUGUUUGACUCAAAACACCAACAUCCUCUACCGACUCAGUUAACGCUAGUGAUGGUGAGCAUCUGCAGCGGCUAAAGGCAUGGCAGACAAUCUACGACACCAGAGGCCUCGAGCUCCAGAAUCAGAUGCUGGCAGAGCACAAGGGUUCGCGAGAUAAACAUAGAGGCAGUGCAAAGAUAAGCCAACGCAGAAGCCAUUAUCCCUUAUUUUCUCACUUUUAUUGGGUCUGGCUUGCAGCCCAAAGCUGUUUUUUACUGGAUGAAGUGUGUAUAUUAUAGUGUAAGUGGUGUCAGCUAUUGAACGCAGUGACUAUUUAAACUUAACUCUUGUGAAUUCAGCCUGCUCAUCAACAAAACACAAUGGCAUCUGAUGACCACAAGGAGACAGAGAAUGACCUGUCAGAACCCCUUCAAGCGGAUGAUGAGUUAUUGAGUCAGUAUGAGGAGGAGGACCCUGCUAGCACUAACUUCAAAUCCCAAAGUUUACCUGCUCUGAAUGACUCAGGCCAGCAAAGCAAGUCCUUGUUGGCCAAGUCUAUGCAGCACCAGGUGUCAAUAACGGAGGAAAAGUGCGCUGAAUUAAUCCAACUCCCACAGAGGAUCAACCUGAACCAACCUCUACCUGAAUCCUCCACUAGGACUAAUGUUAACUAUUCCCCUUCCAGUUCUAGUGUGGUGGGGAUGAGUAGUUCAUUUAACACGGAGACACAGGUGAGCAAGCCCAGGAGUAAAAACCCAACGAGGCAAGGCUUCCUCACCUCGAGGUUACCCCUGAUGCGUUUACCCACUAGGAAAUACAUUAAUGCAAUUCUCGAAGACUCUCGCUGUUUUUUAUUUUGCAUGUGCUACCUGACAUUCAUCCAGUCACUGAUGGUGUCUGGCUACCUUAGCAGUGUCAUCACCACCAUAGAGAAGAGGUACAGCCUCCGGAGCUCUGAGUCCGGCCUGCUCGUCAGCUGCUUUGACAUAGGCAGUCUGCUGGUGGUGGUCUUCAUCAGUUACUUUGGAGGCCGAGGGCAGAGGCCCAGAUGGUUGGCCGUGGGUGCGGUGUUCAUAGCCGUCGGAGCAGCACUCUUCUCCUUGCCUCACUUCAUCUCCCCUCCGUACCAAAUCUUGGAGGUGAACGCGUCCCGGGGCAACGAGGGCCUGUGUAUGAACAACAACGGCAGUGGCAAGGACUUCUUGGAUGUGUCUUGUCCCAGAGACCAGGAGGGUAAUGAGCACAACCUGUACGUGGCCCUGUUCAUCAUUGCACAGAUACUGGUAGGCAUGGGGUCGACGCCCAUCUACACCCUGGGACCCACCUACCUGGAUGACAACGUCAAGAAGGAGAAUGCCUCUCUUUAUCUAGCUGUCAUGUACGUGAUGGGAGCCCUGGGUCCGGCUGCUGGGUACCUGAUGGGAGGAGUUCUCAUCGGCUUCUACGUCGACCCCAAGACUAUCGUCAACAUCGAUCAGAGCGACCCUCGCUUCAUUGGCAACUGGUGGAGCGGCUUCCUGCUCUGUUCCAUUGCCAUGCUACUGGUUAUAUUCCCCAUGUUCGCCUUCCCCAAGAAGCUGCCUCCCAGAAACAAGAAGAAGAAGAAGAGGAAAAAGAUCACCCUGGACAACGUGUCCAGCGAUGAUGACAUCACCAAGGAGAAGGCCGACAGCAAGAGUCAGAAGGUUACAUCAUCCAUGGGCUUUGGGAAAGACAUUAAAGAGCUGCCUAAGGCUGCAGUGAGGAUCCUGAGUAAUGUCACCUUCCUGUUUGUGAGCCUGUCCUACACUGCAGAGAGCGCCAUCGUCACCGCCUUCAUCACCUUCAUACCCAAGUUCAUCGAGUCACAGUUUGGCAUCCCGGCAUCCAGCGCUAGUAUCUACACAGGUGUGAUCAUCGUGCCCAGUGCUGGGGUGGGUAUAGUCCUGGGGGGCUACAUCAUUAAGAAGCUGAAGCUGGGAGCCAGAGAGUCAGCCAAGCUGGCCAUGAUCUGUAGUGGGGUAUCUCUUCUCUGCUUCUCUACUCUGUUCAUAGUGGGCUGUGAGAGCAUCAACCUAGGCGGCAUCAACAUACCAUACACCACUGGUCCUACUCUGACUAUGACCCACCGUAACCUGACUGGAGGGUGUAAUGUGAACUGUGGCUGUAAGAUCCAUGAGUACGCUCCAGUCUGUGGCUCAGACGGCAUCACCUACUUCAACCCCUGCCUGGCAGGCUGCAGCAGUGUGGGCAACGACAGCACAGGAAUCAGGAACUACUCUGACUGUGCGUGUGUCCAGAGCAGGCAGGUCAUCACCCCCUCCUCUAACGGCCAAGUCAACCAGCUGCAGCUGGUCAUCGUCAAGACCUACCUGAACGAGAAUGGCUACGCCGUGUCGGGGAAGUGUGACCGCACCUGCAGCACCCUCAUUCCCUUCCUCAUCUUCCUCUUCAUCGUCACACUCAUCACGGCCUGUGCUCAGCCCUCCGCCAUCAUUGUCACUCUUAGGUCCGUAGAAGAGCAGGAGAGACCCUUUGCACUCGGAAUGCAGUUUGUCCUCCUCAGGACCCUUGCCUACAUACCUACUCCCAUCUAUUUUGGGGCGGUGAUCGACACAACCUGUAUGCUGUGGCAGCAGGACUGUGGUGUCCACGGCUCCUGCUGGGAGUACGAUGUCACUUCCUUCCGCUUCGUCUACUUCGGCCUGGCCGCCAGCCUCAAGUUCAUUGGCUUCAUCUUCAUCUUCCUCACCUGGUACUCCAUCAAGUACAAGGAAGAGCGUCUGGAGCGCUGGCUGAAACACCUCUCGCCCAUGGACACGGUGAGCGACCUCAUCUGCCACGCCGGGGGACACAAGGGACACGCCCGUACCCGCUCCUGUCCCGUUAACAUACCACGCAACGAACCUCCCAUCAUCCCCGUCCUCAACAGGGGCCUCAGCAGCCAGAGCUGCCCGGGGAACAGUCUGAAGAGCCUGAAAGCAACAACCCCGCCGGCCCCUCGCCCUCCCGCUCGCUCUCUGGAACAGGUGUCUGCCCGCGUCUAAGGGCAACUCCUACCGCCCUGCUAUCCACAGUCUCUGCAAUGUCUGUCUUUCGUACUCUGGGUUCUCACUCGUAUGGUAUUAUAGGAUACGUUCACACACACACGCACAAGACGUCACUCAGACAGGCAGCGGUUGGUCAACAUGUAUACAGGAAGACACUGGGAUGGAUACCCCAGUUAGCAAAUCUUCCCUCGACCUGGUAUGUUGGUGUCCUUUUCUCUUUGCUUUGUUUCGGUCAUGGGAGAGAAUGCAUAUCAUCUCUUUAGAAAAGUGCACCUUCGAUACUUCUCGAGAACGAUCGUAGUGAUGGUAUUGUUGCGUGGCGCUAGGUGAAAAUGACAUGAAUAAUAUCCUCCAUUGUUCAGUUUUAGUGUUCAUUCUAAGACCUCAGCAUGACGAGGUGACUGAGCUAAGCAGCUUGGCCAGCGAGCAUAAACUAAAUCCUCUACUAUGCAAGGUCAUUUUCUUUUCCCCUAUUAUUUAAUGGCAAGCUGUAUUAAAAGCACACAUUGAGCAUUGCCUUCCCUUUCCAUACAAUCUGGAAAUGUCAUUCAGUAUCGCCCCAGACCUGCGUGUAAUGAUGAGUGGUUGACUUGGAAAAUAUGUGUCUGGAUACGUUUGGAAUUGGAACCAUUUCUCUGUGGUUACCUCAUAGACAGGCCCACAAAUAUAUCCCUCGCCUUAGUUCUAUUUCAGACACACUUGGGCUGCAUCCUAAAUGGUACUCUAUUCUCUAUAUACAUGCAGUGCUAUACAUUUGAUAAUGGCCUAUAGGUCUUUGGUCCAAAGUAGUGAACUACAUGGGGAAUAGGGUGCCAUUUGGGGCAUAGGCUAAGUGCACUCAUGAUGACCCCCCUCAGUGUUGCUUCGUGUGCCAUGGUCUUUACAGAACGAAGGCAUCUUUUGCUUACCAAUCUCUUAUUAACAUGUCUUGUUUCAGACAAAACUCCUAAUUGAAAUGUUUACGUCGUCCCAAAUGGUACCUUAUUCCCUUUAUAGUGUGCCACUUUUCACCAGCGAAAGAGUAGUGCGCUACAUAGGGAAUAAGGUGCCGUUUGGCACAGAUACAAUAUUUUAACCAACCAGACUCCCUGCUGGCUCUGUGGUGGAGCAGAACCAGACCCCCUGCUGGCUCUGUGGUGGAGCAGAACCAGACCCCCUGCUGGCUCUGUGGUGGAGCAGAACCAGACCUCCUGCUGGCUCUGUGAUGGAGCAGAACCAGACCCCCUGCUGGCUCUGUGGUGGACCAGACCAGUGCUGCUGGUGCAAAAAGACUCUGCUGUGCUUCCCAUGAUUAGCUAAUCCACACAAACCAACCACUAUUUCACAUUCGUUAGUCAGUAGUUUAGUAAGUAGCCUCUGUCACCGGCUUUCACCUUCGAGCGAAGACUAGGAGUCUGGCCAGUAGUUUAGAUUAGUUCAUUAGAUCUGUAACUGGAUGCCUAGAUUAUUUGAUUUACCAACAGCAGGGCCACUUCUCCUAUGUCUUGUGUAACCGAUAAUAAUUAUUAUAAUGUCCAACUACUCACUAUGUCUACGAUGUCCUACUGAACAACUGUCAAAGUGAUAUCAAUCAUGGCUGCUGAGGUUGUUUGUUUUGCCUUUUGGUGAAGUUUCUUUUGUAUUUGUAUUGUAUAUUUGUAUUAAUUGAAAGGAAAUCAGACUCAUUUCUUAAGCAGUGCUAAAUCAAGUUUAGGGCUGGGAGUUACUAACUCCCACAGCUCAGUAAUCAAUACAAUUACAUGGACAGAGGCGACCUGAUUCUAGAUCAGCACUACUUCUCGGAGACUAGUGAUACAAACUACCUCUAGCUUAUAUCACUAGCAACAAGAUCGUUGAAACAAGUAGUUAAUGGGUGUAACAUGCCAUUUUGAAGUACAUAUUGCUAUUGGUUUUACAGGAUGGUUGAGGACACCUGCUAGUCAGAUGUGGUAAGCAAUAUUGUAGAAAUACUCAAAUGAAGCUGAUGUGUUUCCCCAAGUGAAAUAACUAGACAAUUAUUUGGUGGAAUAAUCUUAAUUUUCAGUUUAUUUUAGCACUUAAAUAUUAGAAGCUAAAAUAGCACUGAGCCUGUAAACAAUAAAUUUCACUACACCUAUCCUGUGUAUGUGACAAUAAAACAUCAUUUUUACUUACAUGAUACAAUGUGGCUGUUGGUUUAGAGUUAAUAGCUUUACAACUAUGGGAUAUUAUAACAUGUUACCGUUAGUAUGGAAAGGUACCAUAGCUCUUAAUAGUAAAAUGACUGACAUUGUGAGCUAGAAUAACAGUGUAAUGCAUCCGGUAGUAGUUGUGAUAGACAUAAUUGCUGCAUGUAAUAAUUUUUCAGGACCAGACACUAUUAUUAAUAGAAAUAAGUACAAUAACUCAUAGUCAGACAUUCCAUUUCAUGUGAAAGAAAAAGUAGAAUACAUAGAGUAAAUCAGGUGCAAAUUAAUCACAAUUCUAGCGAGACUACAUUUUGCGACAAGAAUUCUCCUAACUUUAGUGUUAUUGAAUCUGUUAGUGAAAGGCUACAGUAUUAUGUUUCUCAGUGCCUACUUUUCCUACUAAUUGAUUGAAGUUGAGAUGUUGCUGAUUCUGAAAUGCUCUUGACUUCAUGUAAUGGAACUCAAUGAUAAGGCUGACUUUGGACUGUGAAGAAUUUGACUCUAGGAUUUUUGGUUGACUUGCUGCCAUCAUUAGACCUAUUCAGCCUAUACUGUACCUAUAGUACCAGGAUGUUUGUUGCAGAAUUCUGGUACUCUUGUGAUCCUCACCGUGAAACCUACUGUUCCUCUGGAGCUAGGAGAGAGGAGCUCUCACUCUUACCGCCCCGUGUAGUGCUGUUUAUCAGUCUUGGCAUAAAAUAAGGAUUUGACCUGGAUGUUACCGUACGGACAAUUUCGGGUAGAUUGUAGAUUUCUGUUCUUUUUUCUUUCUUUGUUUUUUUGUUGCAGUAUUAUAUUUAUUUAAUUUCAAAUGACAGUGUUUUAAUUACAAAUUAAUGCCUAUGCUAUAUGGUUGACAUCAUAAGAAAGAAAAUGUACAUUGUUUGUGGACACACUGUUUACAAAUUCCUUCGAUACUUGACAUCUGUCAAUUAAAAUUCUGAAAAAUAAAUAUUGAAUUGAAUCGCGAUUUUUGGUCAAGAAGUGCUUGUUGGAGCAGGAAAUAAACAUGUA